GCCAAGGUGUUUACAGGUGUGAUCUGCGCUCGUUGACGAAUAACUACUGGCGUCUCAAAGCUGACUGACCGUCAUCACCAUCACAAACACAACUGCUACAACUACCUUAUACCAUCAAAGUAACACAUUUUUACCUCCGUGCUUCUAUAAUUCAGCAGAAUAUCGCGAUAAACGUUAGAAUACAUAGAUAAUGUGUCAACGUGUACGUUUAUAUGACUGGGCUGAGUCGCCAACCCAUCUGCAGUUCAACCGUUUUAUAUUGACUGGAUACAGGCCGUUAACUAACAUUAUUUGUUGCGUUAAAAGUCUUGUUUACCUUCACAAUGAAUUGGUUAAUGUAUAUACACAUGGUUUGCCUUUGCUGUAUUUCCUGAUAUUUCCCACGAUUAGGCUACAAUGGAAUGUGAUGAAUGUGACGUCACUUGCAAUUAUGCACUAUUUAUCAUUAAUAUCACUUUUGUUUGGUAGUGUUAUUUAUCAUUUGUUUAUGAGCCAUGCUGGUGGCGCUGUUGUUUACAAGAAACUAUUACAGUUGGACAUGUGCGGAAUUUGGACAGCGAAUACAUUCGGUGUGCUGUCUACUUUUGCUGCUUCCUUUCAAGACACCGUGGUUUUAAGCUGGCUCGUUCCAAUAGUUUACCUACUGCUUUCAACGUUUUCUAUUCACAAAGCCGUGACAUCUAAAUGUCAGAGUGAUCGUGUACUAGCAUUUCUUUCACCAGUAAUUUACAGGUGGACUGUGGUCACACUGAGAGUAUUUGGUAAAAUAGGUGGCAAUCCAUUUGCCAACUACUAUCUUGUCUGGAUGGAGGUUCUUGCCGCUGCGGGCGCUAUAAUAAACGUAUGUCGCAUUCCCGAACGCUGGUUACCAGGCCGUUUUGAUUACGUAAUGAACAGUCAUCAAAUAAUGCAUAUAUUGUCAUUCAUUGCAUUGAUUAAUUCACAAUGGGGUGCCAUGGAAGACUUAGCUUGGAUGAGUAGAACAGUGUCAUAA